AAACCCUAACACCCGCCAGGCCGCCUGAGUUGCGGUGAAAAUGGAGGAUCCCAACAUCGACGACGGCGACCAGAACCGUGAGACGGAGAUAGCUCCAGCCCUAAUAGCUGUCCAUCCGGCCCACCAAUCAGUGGCCGUAGCCGUCGGCUCGGACCUCCGCGUCUUCAAUCUCCAAGAAGGUUGCGCGGUUACGUUAGGUGAUAGCGACGACCUGGAUGGGAAAUCGAGUACCAAUGUGCAUAAAGAUUCAAUAAGAGCAAUUCGUUAUGGGGCCAACAAUGGGACGCUCUUUGUAUCGGCCGGUGAUGACAAACUUGUUAAAAUCUGGGCUACUACUACUUGGCGUUGUAUUUCUACGGUGGUGUCGGAGAAGAAGGUGAGUGCUGUUGCCAUAAGCAGUGACGGUUUGUUUGUAUGUUUUGCCGACAAAUUUGGCGUUGUAUAUGUAGUGGAUACUCAAGGGAUUAGCGGAGAACAGGGUUCUACGAAUGAGAAAGGGAUCCCGAUUCUUUCUCACUAUUGUAGCAUCAUAACUAGCCUGGAAUUUUCACCAGACAGUCGGUUCAUCAUUAGUGCUGAUCGGGACUUCAAAAUCCGUGUUUCUGUGUUUCCGAAGAAUCCGUUGCAUGGAGCUCAUGAGAUACAAAGCUUUUGUCUAGGUCAUACAGAGUUUGUGUCCUGUCUUGCCUUUGUUUUUGGUCAGGACUACCCUCAGGGGUUGUUAAUAUCUGGAAGUGGUGAUUCAACAGUUCGCUUAUGGGACUUCACCUGUGGUGCUCUUCUUGAUACCUGUGCUGUUGGAACAGAGGCAGGAUAUUUAGAGACUGAUGGGAAAGAAGGUGAGUGUCGACCUGCAGUAACUGAUCUUUGUGCCACCAAAGAUGGUUCAUUAGUUGCAGUCGCCCUACAAAGCUUGCCAGGGAUUAUGCUGUUGAGCUGUGAUAUUUCUGCUCGAACUCUUUCAGUUCUUAAAGUGGUUUCCAUUAGUGAAGACCCUUUCAUACCUACAAGCUUAGGAUCUGGCUCAUUGAAACAAUUUUUAUGGAUGGUGAUGGGUGUAUCGAGCUUACAAGGUUCUGACUUAGCAUCUUUAGCUAGGGUUCGGGUUCUCUCCGGUUUCAGCAAAAGCAAUAUAGCAACACUAGAAGAGCACAAGGCUUCGCUCUUAGAUGAUAAGGACAUCCCAGGAAGAGAGUUGGUCCUUCAAAAGUUGCAGGGAACUCUUUCAAUCGAAAAAGAAGUGUUGUCAUCAGCUGCCGAGGCUGUGAAGACAGCCAUGCGGAAUCUUUUAAUCAAGAAGCACUAUCCCGUCGAAAAGCGAGAGUACAGAAAGAGAGGCAGAAAUGACAGAAAAAAUAAGCACAGAUGACUAAAUGGCAAAAUGUGGGUCGAAUUCGGUGGUGUGGAUGAUUGCUAAAUAUGCAAAUGUUAUGAGAUAUCUACUAUUUUUUUUGUGGA